GAUUGACUGUUUCCAAGGAGACCGCUGACACUGCCGAGAACUGGGAUAAGGCUCGGUACUCUAGGAAGACACCAUCAGAAUGUCGUUUUUGUUUGACUGGAUCUACAGAGGAAUUAGCAGUGUUUUACAGUUUUUAGGUUUGUAUAGAAAGACCGGGAAGCUGGUAUUCUUGGGUCUAGAUAAUGCUGGUAAAACAACACUCCUGCACAUGUUGAAAGAUGACAGACUUGGACAGCACGUACCAACACUUCAUCCAACCUCAGAGGAGCUGACAAUUGGUGGGAUGACAUUUACGACAUUUGAUUUGGGAGGACAUGUACAAGCUCGCAGAGUUUGGAAGAACUACCUGCCAGCUGUGAAUGGCAUUGUCUUUCUUGUCGACGCCGCUGAUCAUGAAAGACUUGCAGAAUCAAAGACUGAGCUUGAUGCUCUCCUUUCAGAUGAAACCAUAGCCAGCGUCCCAGUGUUGGUGUUGGGGAACAAAAUUGACCGUCCGGAGGCCAUCAGUGAAGGAGCACUGAGAGGAGCUUUUUGUCUUGACGGUCAGGUCACAGGAAAGGGAAACAUUUCUGUGAAAGAGCAGAACGUUCGCCCGCUGGAGAUUUUCAUGUGCAGCGUUUUGAAGAAACAAGGCUACGGGGAAGGCUUUAGAUGGUUGUCGCAAUACAUCGACUAACACAAAGGAAAAAUCAGAGAGGAUCUAACUGACACGUUCACAUGAAACUUGAUGAAGACUAUCAAGAAGCGACAAUUGUAAUCAUAUUUUAAUCAGAUUUUCACAUUUUAAAACAUUAACUUUCAUCAUUUCAUUUUCUCUAUGCAAACAAAGAACUGGUUUAUUAAUGUGAGAAAGUUGCACAGCAUGUUUAAUACCUAAUUAUAACAUAUGAAGAGCCAGAUAAGCUGCAGGAGUGUAGAUUUGUGUUCCACUGUCCUGAAUUAUUUAUUGUUUAAAACAUCAGCUACUUGAUUUUAUAUUUAUUAAUAGGUGUGUGAUGAAGCAUAAAGUCUCGCUUAUAUUGCGCAGAGUGGCUUAAAGCCUGUCUGAUUUCUAACAGAGAUAGCAGGAAUUUAGAUUAGAUUUUUGGAACCGUUCCAUGAACAAAUAAAGAAAUACAGAGGAUUAAUAUUGAUCUGAAUUAAUCUGAUGAUACGCAACCUCUACCUCCAAAGCAUAAAGCCAAAUAUGUAUGGUAAUUUCCUGGGGAUUAACAAGGCGGUAGAUUGGGGUUCAGCGAAAAUAUCAUCUUUGCUGAGCACUAAACCAGAAUGACACCAAAUCCCCUUAACAAACCAAAAAGGAAGGGUACGCCUGAUAUAUUCAAGUUAAACAUCUCAUUAAUGGCAGACGUUUGAAUUUCUUCUGCCAUUUAUUAAGGUUUUAUUUAUCCAAUAUGUUGCUCAGAGACAAUAGCAUAGGUACAAGAUCUAUGUUAAGAAUAUCAGUUGCACUUUUUGGUUGCAGAAGUCUUUAAAUGGGUUUUAAACGUUCCCACAGAGAUUAGCCAGAAUAGCUUCCUAUAUAAAAAUACAUCAGUGAUAUUUUCGCCUUAGCCUUAAUAAGGUUAUAAAGGAGGUUAUAAAGAGUUGCAAAAUAAAGUGUUGUCAAAUGAUGCAUUCUGUUCAAUGAAUGUGAUAUUAAUGUAAAUCGCAGCGACGCGCAAAAUCUAAAGAGCAAAGUUCAAAGGAAGCAUCUCUGCAUUUAUGAAAUGUUGCCUGACCAAAUUUCUAUUCAUUUAGUAAUUUGAAGACAAAAUCCAUCAUUCUGUCUACAGCACUAUGACAGUAAUAAUGGCUUUCUUUCUACAUGUGCAAAAGCAAUAAAGCAAAAAAAAAAAAAA